AUGAAUCCCCCACGCCCUUCUGUUUUCUGCUUUAUCAGCGAUCUCAGCACUAUCAUCAAUCAUGCCAAAGUUCGAUUCCUCGGAUGCGUCUCUCGUUAUGAUUCUCUGGCGGGGGAUCUUUAUCUUGAACAUAAUUAUCCCCAAGGCCCAGCCCCAUUCCCAUCAAUCCGUGUCCAUAUCGCACCUAUCAUUGAGGAUGUGGACCCAGAGCUGCUGGAAGUCGGCACCUGGGUAAAUGUCGUAGGCUAUGUCCGGAACCAAGAUGAAUUCAUUUCAUAUAUCGUGGACCUGGCCGCGCGGGGCGAAGCUCUUGACGAUGAUCGCUGGUUGCAAUAUGACAACCACGGAUUCUGGGAUGAUGUGAACCCAUGGACUGAUUCCGUGGAUGGCCGUCCUGUCUUCGUCGACGCGAUGCUGGUCUGGUCUGCCGGUGCCGUCAACCUGGGAGAAUACGAGCGCAUCCAGCGCAAUCUCCACGACCUCCACCGUCGCCUUUACGGAGAAGACGUGUCUCCUUAA